AUGGACUUUUAUUUCAAUUUGGAUGAUUUCACACCAUCCUGGAAUAUCUUGGAUCACAAAUUUCAUAUUAAAACAAAGGAGAGAUUUGUUUCUGUUGAUGAUGCGAUGCCCGAUCUAAUGUUGAAUUUAAUCAAAUGUCGAGAAGAAGGCGACAAGCAAUUUGAUCCAGUUCUUUGCCUUUUGGGAAGUGUUGGUGUUAGGUGUAGGGUUUCAAGUUUUGAUCAAUAUGAUUACCUAUAUUAUGGGAAUGGAAAUCGGAAUGGAUAUGACACUGGGCACUAUUCAUCGCAGAAUCAGAGUCAGCAAAUGAAGAAUCAUAGGCAAGUUUUUUACGUAGAAUUUAUUCAGAUAAACAGAGCACUUCGAUUGAGUAUUAAUAUCCCCAAAAGUGUCGCUGAAACUCCACCUGUGAAAAAACCCAGCUUGAGAAUGGGUGCUUUGGAGUAUCUUCUUUCAAACUUAGACUUGAAGAGAAAAAAUAAGCAACUAUUUGAUGCUUCAAAAGAGCGAAAGAAACGAUUCACUGAAAUUGCAUCCUUUAAAAGUGGCAACAUACCAGAAGACUUGAGUUGGGUUGAUGUGCAGUGCUAUAUGAAUGUGACCUUUGAUUCAUUGACUAUUACUGUCUUCAACCGGAACGAAACUUUGAGUAAUUAUGUCGUCAAGGUUCUCGCUGAAGACGAGAAAACAAAAAAGAAGGGAGCUUUUUAUUUUCGCCGUUUGAAUUUCGUUUCCUCAUCCAUUACUGUGCUUUCCUUUAAUGAUAUCAGCUCUAACGAAAAUGUUCACAAUUUUUCUCUCGAUGCGAUUCGUGAGAUUCAAUUGGUGGAUUCAAAGCAAGCGGUGGUCUAUUCGGGAAAAAUCAAUGUUAUCCAUUGCAAGGAAUUCACUUCCGUGGGUCAUGGAAGCUUGCUUAUGUCAAAAAAAGAUACGGAUGAGUGCAAGGAUCAGAAUUUGGAAACAUUGAAUGCAGUAGAUAAAAGGUUGAGGAAGGACUCUAGUAAGACUGAAAACUUCAAUGCAAAAUUUAAUUCAAGUGGUGGAUUGGUUGUUGAUGCAGAAUCUACCAAUCAGUCACAAACAACUUGGUCAGAUGGUAAAAAGCAUUCCACGGGAAAGGCAGUCUCCAAAUCCUCAAAAAGGCCAGAUUCUUCUGAAGAGUCCGAUUAUUGUUACUGUGACUAUUCGGAGGCUGAAUUAUACGCAACGUGA